AUGGCCUGUGCGGAAGCCUCUUCUUCCUCUGGUUCCCUCAUUCCUUCCUGCAGACAUGAUGUGUUUCUGAGUUUUAGAGGUACGGAUACACGCUUAGGUUUUACAUAUAAUCUGUACAAGGCUUUAGAUAGAGAGAAGAUCAAGACUUUCUUCGAUGAUCGUACUCUCAAGAGAGGAGAAAACAUAUCAGCAACACUACUUCAAGCCAUACAAGUUUCAAAGAUCUCGGUGGUGAUAUGUUCUGAAAACUACGGUUCGUCAAGUUGGUGCUUGGAUGAACUUGUCAAGAUCCUUGAAUGUCAAAAAUCAAAGAAGCAAAUUGUCAUUCCAGUAUUUUACAAAAUGGAUCCAGCACAUAAGAUUGUUAUAGAGAUAUUAGAACGCCUCGACGACCAAAAGAAGGAAGAAAAUGUGGCCGGCAACAGCCACCAAAGCAAUAAGGACUCAACUGGCCUCGACGACCAAAGGAAGAAUAUAAAUGGGGCGGACCUUGUUAAAUAG